UGUUGCGUUUUUAUAUCGAAAAAAAAAAAAAAAAAUCAGUUAUCCCCUUCGUCUUGUCUACAUUAUUUUUAAUGUCGAAUCCAAUUAUAAAAUAAAAAUUUAAUGGAAUUACGGCAAAAUAUCUAAAAACUUUUUCAUUUCCAUCACAAAAACAAAUACAUUCCAAUCAAACAAAUACAACAUAACUAAACUCUAUAUAAAAUGGCUCGUGAAAAUCCAGACACACAAGGAGCCACCCAAUCUCAGGCAUCCAACUUGUGGACUCAACUCGAAUCGCAACCCAUCGAGAAUGUAGUUUGGGGCAGACUUUAUGGCAAAAAUAUCAAAGUUAAAACUUUGGGUACGAGAGUUAAACAUAAAAUCCUUAUAACAAAUUCGUCUCCUCCUUAUGUUGAUUUGUGUCAUGAAAAAUUCGCAGCUGGUCGCGGAGAAGGCAACGAUUUGGCUUUGACGCUCAAAGAACUACCUGAAAAGAUGUUAUGUCGCAUAUCGAAAGUUCAUUUUCAAAUUAGACGCGAGAAUUGUGAUCUCUCGAAGCCAGUUUAUAUUCAGGAUUUUUCCCGUAACGGGACUUUCGUUAAUGGUGAACUGAUUGGAACACAUAAGUGUAGAAUCCUUCAGAAUGAUGAUGUUAUUGCCUUAUCACAUCCAAAUUGCCAAGCAUUUGUGUUUAAAGACUCUAAUUUAAAUGAAGGUCAAGAUCUGCCCAAAGAAAUCACAUCUUCUUACUAUGUAAGUAAAAAACUAGGCUUUGGUGCGUGUGGAAUUGUAAGACUUGUGUACGAUCGUCGUACAUGCAUUAAAUAUGCCAUGAAACAUGUUAUGAAAAACAUGUUAGCUGAAAGCACCAAAGUCAAUAAUCUCAACGAUCCCGAAAGGGUUAUGAAUGAAGCUAAGAUCAUGAAAGCAUUGGAACAUCCUUGCGUUAUAAAAAUGCAUGACAUUGUAGACAAACCCGAUUCGGUUUACAUGGUUUUAGAAUUUAUGAAAGGUGGUGAUCUACUCAAGAGAAUUACAACAAAGAAACGACUAAACGAUCAUAUCUCAAAGCUAUUCUUUUAUCAAAUGUGCCACGCAGUCAAGUAUUUGCAUGACAAAGGCAUCACUCACCGUGAUCUCAAGCCAGACAAUGUGUUGCUAGAGUCCGCCGACGAAGAAACUCUUUUAAAAGUUUCUGACUUUGGUCUCAGCAAGUUCGUUCAGAAGAACUCUGUUAUGAGGACUUUAUGCGGUACUCCACAGUAUGUUGCUCCGGAAGUAUUACUCACUCAGGGACGUGGUGCUUAUACCAAAAAAGUUGAUAUUUGGAGUUUGGGCGUUGUGCUUUUCACAUGCUUAAGUGGUACACUUCCAUUCCAUGAUGAUUAUGGUUCUCCAGCUAUUGAUCAAAUAAAAAAGGGAAAAUUUAAAUUCAGUCAUCCAGCUUGGAAGACCGUCCCCCAACGUGCCAAAUCACUCAUCACAGACAUGCUGACAGUUGAUCCUAAUACUCGACCUUCAAUUGAUUAUGUUUUAAACCAUAGUUGGCUGCGAGAUCAAGUUGUCAUCUCUAAAGCUAAGGUUUUAAUGAAGGUCGAUAAAGUGGCUGAAAUGUCGGAUGAUGAGAAUUUCUUGGAACCACCACAAAAACGUGCUAGACGAUAAAUCUGUUAUAAUAAGAAGUUUAUUUUUCAAUUUUUUUAUCUGUCGUUGUUUGUAGCCUUGUGAAGCAUCCCGAUUUUGUACAAAAAAAAAACAAUCAUUUAUAAAAAUAUCCUUUGUUACUGUUUUAUAUUUUUUAACUAAAAUAAAUUAGCAGUAAGCAAUGGAUAGGAGUUGUAAUUAGAGUGCCAUUAAAAACAAAGCAGAAAAGAAUUUUUUCUUAUAUUCUGCUGCCUUAAAAAUUAGAAAACAAAACGAGAACAAUCUAUAAACUCGUAUAUAUCUAAAAUGAAUGUGAUUUUUUUAUGUAAAUUCAUAGGUUAUAAUUUAUAAUCUUUUUUUUUUUUUGUUAUUUGUAUUUUGAUGGCCUUUGAAGUAUUGAGAAGAAAAAGAAGAAAACAAAACAAAAUGUCUCGUUAAUGCAUAUUGCAUUGUAUCUUAUUAAUAAUUGAUUUUGUGUUGAUCAAUUCAACUUUUAUUUUUAUAAUAAAAAAAAAACGUUUUUUCGUAAUAAAAUAAUAAUAAUAUAUACUCAUA